AUGCGUCUAUUAAAGGAGAAUGAUAUAGAGGCCUAUACAAGAUUAGUACAAGAGACAAAGAACGAAAGAUUAAAAGAAUUAUUAAAUAAGACAGAACAAUUCCUUAAUUCUAUUGGAAGGAAGGUAGUUAUACAAAAAAUGGAUACUAUUCAGGUCCAGCAGAAGCAGCAACAGCAACAGCAGCAACAGCAGCAACAGCAGCAGCAGCAACAGCAGCAACAACAAGGGAAGGAUGAUGACACUGUUGCUGCUUGUCCGGAUCAGCAGCAAGAGCAGCAACAGCAACAGCAGCAACAGCAGCAACAGCAACAGGAACAGCAGCAAGGAGGAGGAGGAGGUAGUAGUAGUAGUAUAGGAGAUAGUUACUAUGAAUUAUCUCAUUGUGUAUACGAAGAAGUUAGACAACCUAAAUCAUUAAUUGGUGGAAAUUUAAUGUCUUAUCAAUUAUCUGGUCUACAAUGGAUGAUUUCUUUAUAUAAUAAUAAUUUACAUGGAAUAUUAGCUGAUGAGAUGGGCUUAGGGAAGACAAUACAAACAAUAGCAUUAUUAGCAUACCUAAAAGAUUAUAAGAAUAAUAAGGGACCACAUCUUAUUAUUGUCCCUUUAUCUACAUUAUCUAAUUGGGCUGAUGAAUUCAAUAGAUGGGCACCUUCUCUUAAAUUAUUAGUCUUUAAGGGAGCUCGAUUAGAGCGUCGUCAAUUACAACGACAAUUAAAACAAAUAGAUUUUAAUGUUUGUCUAACUACAUUUGAUUUAGCAAUAAGAGAAAGAAAUGCAUUAGCUAAUCCCCAUUGGAAG